GCGCAAUCGACCCCCCCCGGUAUACUAGGGCGCAGUCGGCGACGGACACGCAUCGCCAGCGCUCUGGCCGAGAGGCCAGGCGUGACCGAGGGCCAGGUAGCGGGGGCAAUCGCCGAGGCAUUGGCGGCUCAGACUCCCGGCCUGACCGAGGCGGAAGUCUCUGAGGCCAUCGCCAAGGCGCUGGCCGACCGCCCGGGCGUUACGCAGGAAGACAUCCAGAAGGCCGUUUCCGAAGCGGUCUCGAUGGCUAUGCCCGCGCCCGCCAUGGACGAGCCCGCAUGA